CUGUCUCUCUCUGUCCCAAAAAUAAAUAAACGUUGAAAAAAAAAUUAAAAAAAAUAAAAUAAAAUAAAAAAAUAAAAAACUUAGUCUAAGUUUCUUGGGGUUUCUUAUUAUAUAAGAUAGAUCCUACCUCUAUGGCUUUCACCCAUCCUACUGUGGAAACCCAGGCUGUAAAUUUUUUAUAACCCAAACUCCAGUGUCCCCCUCUCUGUGCUCUAUUUCCACUACUUGCUCUCAGCUCUCCCACCCUGGGCUUCUCUGCCUGGAUAGCCGGUUUUGGAAACACUCUGCCUGUUCAACUUCUGAACCCUCCCUUGGACACACAUUAGGUAUUACAACUUCCUCAGCUUCAGGCACUGUGACUGUUGAAAGGAGAUUGGAAGAGAUGUCUCUCCAUGUGAGCCUUGAAGCUGAGUUAGGGCAGAGAGAAGUUGAUGAGGCAUAUGUUGUCUGAGAGGCUGGAGGUGGGCUAUGGGGGGGUGCAUGGGUCAUGGUAUCCAGUUAGGAAUGGAUGGAACCCAGGGAAGACAGAAAGUGGUUUGAGAUGGAGCAUCCUGUGGGGGAGAAGGGGAACAGGAAGACAGGCGUGUGGACAGUGUGGAACACUCAGGUUGCUUCUCUGGAGUGGAGGGGCACAGUACCAUGCUUUAGAUGUUCCUCCUGGUGGAACAGCAGAUUUUCAGGAUGUGCACCAUGAACCAUGCCCAAGGUAGCAGAGGUGAGCCCUAGAGGCAGGUGAACAGAGACCCUCCACCUCCUUCGCCCAGAGUGUAGCUUCACUGGAGAGCAAGCUUUGAGUAUCUGAAGGCAGGGGCUGUGAUUAUUCAUCCUGUGUUCCCAGAUCCUGGUGCUGAGUCUGGUGUUUCGUAGGCUCUUUGGACUCUCAAGUGAAUAAAAGAACAGAGGGAAGGAAGGAAGAAGGAUGGGUCAACAGUACAACUUGAUAAUGAGCUGGAAACUCCAGAUGAGUAUUGAUCAGCUCCUUUCCAGGGUCAGGUAAUUGGGGCUCAUCCUCCUCUGCACUAGUGAUUUUCAUGGGCAGGGGAUGGGGGGUCACCAGUCAUAAGAAAACUCCCUCUUCUGGUCUCCUCUGACUCUGCUGGGUUAGAGAAACUAAGCCAGAGUUCAACAAAAUCUCAGUCCAGAUAGACGAGACAGAAGAAAUCAGAUUCAAGAAGAGGACCUUAUUUAAAGGAAAGUUGCUCUGUUGUCUGAGACUUUUUGUCCUGCCCACAUCUAGUCUCUGAAGUAAAUGCAUCUUGUUCACUGGCUCAUUAGAUUUCAAGUGCAAGUCUUGGUCUGUAAAGUGUGCAAACUUAGAUUUCUCUUAAUGGGUGCACAUUUUUUAGUAGGAUGAAGCCAGGGGAGCCCAGUGACCUCCACAGGCUCUUCAGAAUCUUGGGCGUUACCAGAUACACAGGGCCCUUGAGCUUGUUAGACAAAGGCUGAUACAAAACAAGUACAUCAAGACAGAAUUUAAAAACAGCAGAUUAACUAAUAGUAACCCAAAGACCAAUGCGUCUGUAACCACAUUUUUGUUUAUUUUUUAGUGUGUUUCCUUCAUGGUCUUUCUUGUGGCUCACCCUAUGCAGUUUGUGUACUUGUUGAGAGCUUUUUUUUUUUAAUCUGUCUCUGACAUUGUUUCUGCUGAACUCAGUUUUUCCGAGACCCUCUCUCCUCAUAGGCUCAGUUUUGGCCUGCCAGCCACAGUCCUCCAGUUUCCGUGGUAGAAGAGGCCUAGGCUGCUUCCUGUGGGCCCCCAGCUGGGCAGAAGCAUGCAGUGGUAUCUCCUCCUGAUUUGGGCACAGGGGCUGAGGCAGGCUCCCCUCCCCACCUCAGGAGCCGUGUCAGGCAGGAUAGUAACAAUGGGGAACGUUUCUGCAGAGGAAGGUGGCUCUGUCACCUUGCAAUGUCGCCUCUCCUCUACCACUGCCAAAGUGACACAGGUCAACUGGGAGCAGCAGGACCAACUUCUGGCCGUUCAUCAUGCUAACCUGGGGUGGUACCUCUGCCCAGCCUUCAGGGAGCGAGUGGUCCCCGGCCCCAACCUGGGCCUCACCCUGCAGUCGCUGACCAGGAAUGAUACAGGGGAAUACUUUUGUACCUAUCACACCUACCCCGAUGGGAUAUACAGAGGGACACUCUUUCUGGAGGUCCUACAAAGCUCAGUGGCUGAGCGCAGCGCUGGGUUCCAGAUCCCACUGCUUGGAGCCAUGGCCAUAGUGCUGGCAGUCAUCUGCAUGGCAGUCAUCGUGGUGGUCACAUUGACCAGAAAGUUUGUUUGUUUUCAGAAGAAAUCUCUCAGAGCCCAUUCUUCGGAAAGUGGCCUCAGGAGAAUGCCUCGUGAACAGGAGGGAUGGAGUGCCGGCGUUCUGUCAUCUGCUGGAAGCUGCAUCCAGGCAGAGGCUGUGCCUGUGGUCUUCUGCACAGAGCGGAGGGGAGAUGACUGUGCCGAGCCACAUGAAUACUUCAACGUCCUGAGUUACAGGAGCCUUGGAAGCUUCAGCUUCCCAGCAGAGACCAGUUAGCUCCCAGAGGCAUCGUCUGGGAGAUACACUCCUGUCUCUGCUAUUACAGGUGGAUGAUGUACAAGGGUCUGCAGUCUCCAUUAUUGCUGCGCGUGUGGGUGUGUGUGUUCAGUUGAGUGAAUGAAUGUCAUUCUCUUCUCCACAUCUCCUCUGCCUUUCCCUUCCCUGGUGGCAGACCCAGAGUGAACAGCUUGUGUGUUGAUUAUGAAUGCAAAGUUAAAAAAAAAAAAUAACUUGACCUGGUUUGAGCGGAUCUUAUGGCUCUGAGAAAUGCAUUCCCAACAGGAGCACUGGGCAGGGCUUUGGGCUGCAGUUUUGUGAUGGAUGAUGAUGAUGAUAUGAUCAUCUCAUUUGUCAUGGUCAUUUUCAUCAACAUUCACACAUUCAAGGCAUUUUAUGAAAAAGGCAUGACAUGGGCAUGGGCUUCCAUGGGGCGAUUUGGGCAUGACUAACCCACCCUCUCAGGUCUCAGCCUUUAUAAACCUUACAGUUAAAUGGGGUGAUGACAUUUGCAUUAAAGGUAGUAAGAAGACAGGGAGACAAGACAUGCGUCUUUGGGAAGAGAUGUGGUACAGGCUGAGGUGGUCAGGAUAGGCUUUGUCUGGGGCAAAGUCCUGGGAGGAUGGAAGGAACAGUGAGGCUUAUGUGGUCAGAGCAGGAAUUUUGUCCAGGGAGGUCAGAGAAACCGAACAGAACUACUGAAAUAUCUCACAUGGAAGAUCCUGGCACCAAGGGAGCCAACAGGGCUUCAGAUUUUACUCCCUGAGAAGCUAAUUCAAGUCUCCUUUUGCUGGGUGUGCUUGGAGUCCAGGGAUGGGCUGCAGCAGGGGACCCCAGGUCUUCCAGCUGCCCGCUGGGGGGGCUGCAGCUUAGCCCCUGGCCAGGAUCCACCUUUUCUCUGUCAACCCACCAUGGAGCCUGUGAGGAAAGAAUCUGUGUCCACCAAAAGGAAAACCUGGAUUUUUAAAACAGGGACUCUUCCUAGGGGGGAGAAAAAAGAGUGAUUGAGGGUUUAAAAAUGAACACCCUCCCACUAGCUGCUCCGAACCCUUAAAUUCACCCUCUGACCUCUUUGUGCUGGGCUUUGGGUGGCAUCUAAGUGCGAGUUUCUGUUUAGCUGACAAUCAGGCCUUUAUCCUGCCAUCACCUCUCUUAUAGGAUUGAGGAGGAAUGCUGGGCACGGAGGUGACAGAUUUUCUUUCAUGGGCACAGGAAAUGAGAGAGGAUGUGAAGCAAGGCUGUCAUUUGCCAACAGCUGAAGUGAAGUAUUGCUCUGCUCCCUAAGUAGGCAGGCUGAGCAAGAAGAAAAUUCAACUCCUACUCCUUGGAUUUGUAUUUUUAUUUUUCUCGCUUCUCUACCAAAUAGGUAUGUACUUAGGAGCAACGAGCCCAAAUCUGUCCGGAGUGCUGAGUCCUUUGGAAGACAGACAGAUGCAUGUCAAAUGCUGUUCUGGGCCAUGGCAGCCCAGCACAUUCUUCUUGCCGAACUAGUGCAAACGGCUUGGGAGUAGAAUACCAUUCACGAAUUGGAAAUGAACUAAAACGUACUGACAAAAGGGAGCUGCAGUUUGCUUUGGAGGAGACAUAUAUUGAGGUCAAGGCUGGACUGAGUGUUGGGUGUUAUUUAACAUGAUUAUAGUGACAGGGAAAUAUCUACAAAUACCAUUUGGAUGGAGAUAAAAAUACAAAAGAACCCAUAGAUGCUAUAAAUAGGCCAGGUUGCUAAAAUGAGAUUGAAUUAGACAGAAAAUAAAUUUUCAAGUGGAAUUCACUGAACUAGAUUUUCCUUGGAGAACCAGAGAAGACAAUUCCCUAAAAGCCAGAUUCCUGAACAGGUGUCCUGUCCAGUGCGGUAGCCGUUCUCCACAGGUAGCUGUCGAGCAGGUGAGAUGUCAUAGUCUGAAUUGAGAUGUACUGCGCUGUAAGUAUAAAAUGCACACUAGAUUUUAUACUAGGCUGGUUGUGUGUAAUAAAAACAGAAACUAUCACGUUAGUAAUCUAAACAUAUUGAUGACAUGUCAGAAUGAUAGGAUUUUGGAUAUUUUGGAUUAAAAUAUGUUAUUAAAAUUAA